AUGGCGGUUUCCACGCUUUCCUUGACGGGCUACGACCCCGAAGACAUGACUUGGACGACGAUUGCAGUGUCCGAGAGCCAGAAUACAGCCGAAACUCCGAUUUAUCGGAACCAAGCACUCAACGAGGCGAUCGCCCGUCGCCGCGCCCAAGCUAGCUCGGCACCCAGCGCAACAGCUGAGGAAAAUCAAGCUCCCGCCAAGCGCGCCGCGGGCCCUAAAAACAAGAAGACGGUCACGGCUAAUUGGAAACCCCGCCGUCUGCCUAAGCCCGGUCCUGACGAAUUUGUGAUCGUGCUGAAACCACGAGAACACGUAUCGUUACGUCAAAGCUUCUCAGAGAACCGCUACGGCGCUGCUCUCACGGCCUACCUCGGGCACGAAGUGGCCAAAACUGUCACAAUCCUGCCGUCCCACGAACAAAACCUCAUCGUAGUCCACACCCCAAAUCCGGCAGCAGCGGAUCGGCUGCUCGGAGAUAUCAACAUCAACGCUAGCAGCGGAGCGAUCCCACUGUAUGGCUAUCUCCGUCGAAACGAGGGAGAAGAAGUCUGCUACGGAGUGAUCACUGUGAAUGACACGGACACCACAGAAACGCUCCAACAGCAAGUCCAAUGGAGAAAAGGCAACAUCGUCGAAAUCAGAAAAUUUGGCACCUCAAACAAAGCCCGGCUCACUUUCGCCGGAAAAGAGAAACCUCGUUUCGUGCACUACGAGAAUAUGUUAAUCCCAGUGGGCAGGUACUACCGGACAAUCCCGGCCUGCAGUACAUGCGCAACUGUGGGCCACCGAGCGGAUACUUGUCCCGGUAUCAAACCGGACACGUGUGGCGUUUGCCGGCAGCAAGUGCCGAUGGUGGAGGGAGUGCGGGUCCCUCAUGAGUGUCAACCGCGGUGCUCAGUGUGUGACGGAGAACACGUGACAAACUCACGAGAAUGUGCAGCGAAAUUUCGCACGCGAAAAGACGGAACCGCCGACGGCAAGAAAAACUCGAAGGACAGAAAAGGCGACAACCGCCAUCCUAGCCUCCCCAACAAGUCAUCUAACAAUGGUGUCAGCGAUGGAAAUCCGAUGCCAUCGUCCAACAAGACGGAGAAAUGCCAGACGGCACAGCAACAGCCGCUACAACCGCAGCGCGGUGCGGCCGAGCAGAAAACGUCAACACAGCCAUCCGGCGGCGCGGCCAGGGCAUGGGCCAACGUCGCCAAGCAUGGAGCACAGGUGGGCGGUCCGGGCGGGGCGGCCUCCUCCUCUCCCUUCCCUCUACAUAACUCCUCCCCUCCCAUAACACGCAGUGUCGAAAAGGCCAAAAUUGCAAACCUCGAAAACCAAAUUGAGCUAUUACUGAAGAAAAUUGCUACCCUAGAAUCUAGACAGUCCGUCUCUCCAACUCCCACAGACAAGGGAAUGGAGAACGAUCGAAUGGAGUCCAAAUCGGAAGUGAGCUUGGGCGCCGAGCUCGAGGCCCGCCUCGCAACUCGGAAGUGCCCAUACUGUGGGGAAGGGUCCUCGGACAUCUUCCAUAUGGUGUGGGCGUGCCAAUUAACACCAGACCUCCCCCCCCUACCCCAUCCCACCCGAGAGGACUGGGAGGCGGCCCUGCUCGACUGCUCGGACCUGGCCAGCCAGAAGGCCCUGGUCACGCGCGCCCGGGUGGCGGCUACUGCCAAUGGACUCCUGUAA